AUGUCUUCAGAAGGCGUGGGAAACUUGCGCUUGCUCACCGCCUACUGGAUUGAGUCGGGCAUGCAUAAGGGUCGGGGACCAUGCCUGCAAUAUAAAUCUCAGAAACGUGCCUUAUCAGUUGGCCUGCGCCUGGCAUUAUUCGAUUGCAUUUCGUGGCCGGGCGUCUUCUGCCUCCAGAGUGGCCAGAGGGAGGGCCAAUUCACUUCGCCUAGCUCCAAACCAGCACCUCACUUCUCCCGGCCCGUGUGUAGGGCGCAGGCCCUGGCAUCACCCGUCACUCUAUCAAAUGAGCACGAUUCGGGCAAUCGGAGAGGUGGUCGGGCGAGCCGUUCUGUGGUACUGUACAACUUGCGGCGCCGCCAUCGACCUUGCCUACUACUCGCAACGCUCCUUGUUAACGGCGCACGCCAACUGCAUCAUCAGUCGGUCGCGAUGGUCGACCUCGUCCACCCACCGGCGCUGGGCAGAUCUGGGACGGCACUGCAGCGCGCUACUUCUACACGCUACUCUAGAUCGAAGAGCGCAUGCAGCAGACACAUGUGUCAAUGCCGAGAGCAACCAUCCGACGGCGGCGCCGCGCAGUGCUAUGCCCGGGCCGGCCAUUCGUUCAUCUCUCGCUGUGGUGAUGCUCUGAUAAGCUUGCCCUGCACCUGGUUCGUCCCAGCAGGCCGGUACGGCCACUCGAGAUUUCGUCAACCUCCCUCGGUAGCAGUGCCGCGACGCAUGGCCGACCGUCGCAAGCCGUCCAGCGGCCCAUCCCCUGUCCGCCAGCUCCAGCUAAGGUACCACAUUACGGAUCCGUCGACAUGCACUACCGGCCAGCAUACUCGCUCUGGAGGCGACCCGUUGAGCGCCCUCGCCCCUGAGUAUAGGCCCGUAUAUCUGAUAUUGACAUCUGGCGGUCCGGGCUCCACUGCGCACGCAAUACCGGGGGUCCCGCUUCCGAAUGUUCUCGAAAAGAGGCUAGAAGGUUAA